GUACCCCCGCGGAUUGCUUUGCGGCCAAGCUGAUUGGCAGCGACGGAGUGGAGAUCCGUGACGAUGACCACAUCGACUGGGAGUUGUUCAGACAAGGCUCACUUCAAUACGUCGUGGUCGACUUCGUGCAAUUCAUGCUUGGGGACCUCAACUUCGAGCAGCUUCCUCAUUUGGAUUUCGCACAAGACCCACAUAAGAUGCUACAGCCACGUCUUGUUAUCUUUGAUGCUCACAAGGUUUUCGUGCGGACAGGUCAUGCAGCGUGCCAGUAUUUUUACGAUGCUUGGGAGGCAGCGAUAAUGAGCCUCGGUUCAGCAAGAGCUAACGUCGUUGAAGCCGAUGGCGGCACCGUGCUGGGCAGAAUGCUGGCCCUCCUGCAGGAAGCUCUUACAUUAGACUGGAAUCCUUUCUGGGACCCGGACAUCGAUGGACCGGAUGGUCAGAGGGUUGGAGAUGAUUUUCUGCAGAUUUCGGAGCAUGCCAUCGUGACGACAGUCAUCCGUUUUGUCACGGAGAAGCUGCAAGUUCAGACAGUGAAGCAGACCUUCCAGCCCCACCAGGACGAGCUGAAAAGUCUACUUUGGAGAUUUGUGCAGGACAAGCUGUCACUUCCUCGGGGCGCGGGGCAUCAUCCUGGUCUUUUGGAAGGCCGGGGGGCAACUUUGAUGCUCGCGCUGAUCGAAAAAGGUCUUCCGCGGUGGUACUGGGGUGGUUGCCAUGGCUUUGGCCGUUUUGGUGACAACCUUUUGCAGUAUAUCCUCGAGUCAACAUGUUGCCCGGUGGUCUUUUACCAAACCGAGGCCGAAGGAUUUCUCUGUCUUGCUCUGGCCGAGAGGUACACCUUAGAGGAGUUUUUCCACAAGACCACGGCUGGCUGCAUUUCCCUCGGGUACGCCAAGGAUAUCACCGAGAUGAUCACCGCACGGAGGGAAGCGGGCGGGUAUCUGGGCGAAAGCGACCUUCGUGUCUGGUUCGAAGUCGACACCAAGAUCAGGGAGCAGAUGCAAAGCCGCGCCAGGGAUUUCCAAGGCAGCUUGCUGGAGUUUGCUGCGCUGACCGGGUCUGUGCGGGCAGCUUUGCGAGGUCAGUCGCUUCCGGCUUUCGACGGGGAGCUUUGGCAGCGUGCUGCUGUGGUUCGCCUGGAGUGGAUGAG